AUGUCCACAAAUGCUAUGGAGACUGGUACAUCAGACGCACUGGUUGCUGUGGGUAUGGGCUCCGGUGGCAUAGUGAAACUGUACGAUCUUAAUGCUCGUUCCAAAGGUUGUGUGAUCCAGUGCACUUUACCAACAGCCAGUGGUUCUGUGGAGUCUUGCUCGUUUGUCCAAUCGUAUUGCCAACAGAAUGUGGAAGAGACAGGGGCUAGCAGUAAUCCAUCAUCUACACAAUCAUCCCCACCCGGGUCUCCUCCCAGUCUACCACAACGUGGUAGUGAAACAUCACGCGCGUCCUCAGGAUCAGCAACCACCGCCUUUGGUGAAUUUGGAUUGGCCGCGGGCGGGCAAAACGGUGAAGUAGCUUUUUGGGAUAUUCGUUAUCCGAAACGCUGCUUGCUGCAACUGACACAUGAAAAAAGCGCUGUUGUUCAAAUUCGGCUCCUAUCCGACCCAUUCAGUCAGAGUGAACGUACAGUGACUAUGGUUGUUGGACACAGUGACGGUCGAGUUCUGCUCUAUCGGAUGGGUCCAGGUCUGUGGUUUACCGAAACAGAACAGCCGGAUACGAACGGGCGUUCUCCCGUCCAAUGGUCCACAUUAGAACUGACUGGAAUCAACUGUGAGCCGGUUCGCGGUCUCUCUACAGUGGUUAAAUCGGAUAAAACGCGUGGUUUGUGUGUUUGGACUGCCUCGCGCAGUGGUGUCUUUCGAUUCUACGGACCUCUUGCCAGCAGACGGGCGUUUGAAUAA